CCAUCAAUCUGAAUCCCAAAGGCCCUAUUCUCCAGUACCUGCUUCUGAUCUUCUGCCUCCGCCAGCAAGAAGCACCAUGAAAUUGGAAUUCACUGAGAAAAACUACAACAGCUUCGUGCUGCAGAACUUAAACAAACAGAGGAAACGGAAAGAGUACUGGGACAUGGCCCUGACAGUGGAACACCAUGUCUUCUUCGCACAUCGCAAUGUACUGGCUGCCGUCUCUCCGCUGGUGAAGAGCCUCAUCUCCAGCAACGACAUGAAGACCACCGACGAGUUAUUCAUCACCAUCGACCCCAACUACCUGAGUCCGAGCACAGUGGACCAGCUCCUGGACUACUUCUACAGCGGCAAGGUGGUGAUCUCAGAGCAGAAUGUGGAAGAACUGCUCCGGGGGGCCCAGUACUUCAACACACCGCGUCUGCGCAUUCACUGUAACGAUUUCCUCAUUAAGUCUAUCCGACGGGCCAACUGCUUGCGCUACCUCUUCUUGGCUGAGUUAUUUGAGCUCAAAGAGGUCUCAGAUUUGGCCUACUCUGGCAUCCGUGACAACUUCCAUUACUGGGCCAGUCCCGAAGGCGCCAUGCACUUCAUGCGCUGCCCACCGGUCAUCUUUGGCCGCCUGCUGCGUGAUGAAAACCUCCACGUGCUCAACGAGGACCAGGCUCUCAGCGCACUCAUCAAUUGGGUGUACUUCCGGAAGGAGGAGCGGGAGAAGUAUGUGAAGAAGUUCUUCAAUUACAUCAAUCUCAACGCCGUCUCCAACAAGACGCUGAUGUUCGCCAGCAACAAGCUGAUGGGCAUAGAGAACAGCUCGGCGCACGCCACCCUGAUCGAGAGCGUGCUGAUGGACCGCAAGCAGGAGCGGCCGGGCAGCCUGCUCAGCUACCAGCGCAAAGGGGCCCUCCUUGAUUCCGUGGUCAUCCUCGGUGGCCAGAAGGCUCACGGGAAGUUCAACGAUGGAGUGUUUGCCUAUAUUAUCCAAGAAAACCUGUGGCUGAAGCUCUCAGAGAUGCCCUACAAGGCAGCAGCGCUCAGUGCCACGGCGGCCGGGCGCUACAUCUACAUCUCCGGUGGCACGACUGAGCAGAUCUCGGGGCUGAAGACGGCGUGGCGGUACGACAUAGAUGACAACUCCUGGACCAAGCUGCCUGACCUGCCCAUUGGGCUUGUCUUCCACACCAUGGUGACCUGUGGCGGGACCGUGUACUCAGUGGGUGGAAGCAUCGCCCCGCGGCGCUACGUCUCCAAUAUCUAUCGUUACGAUGAACGCAAGGAAGCCUGGUGCCUGGCGGGGAAGAUGAGCAUCCCGAUGGAUGGCACUGCCGUGAUCACCAAGGGCGACCGGAACCUGUACAUUGUCACCGGACGCUGCUUGGUGAAGGGCUAUAUCUCCCGAGUUGGGGUCGUAGACUGUUUUGACACCAACACGGGGGAUGUGGUCCAGUGCAUCACCUUCCCCAUCGAGUUCAAUCACCGGCCCCUGCUCUCUUUCCACCAGGACAACAUCCUGUGCGUGCACAGCCACCGGCAGAGUGUAGAAAUCAACCUGCAGAAGAUAAAGGCCAGCAAGACCACCAUGUCAGUGCCUCUCUUGCCCAACAGUUGUCCCUUGGAUGUGUCCCAUGCUAUCUGCUCCGUGGGAGACAACAAGGUGUUUGUAUGUGGAGGUGUCACCACAGCCAGUGAUGUCCAGACCAAGGAUUAUACCAUCAAUCCAAAUGCCUACUUGCUGGACCAAAAGACGAACGAGUGGAAGACCUUGGCCUCUCCACCAGAGGCACUGGACUGUCCCGCCUGCUGUCUAGCCAAGCUACCUUGCAAGAUUCUUCAAAGGAUUUGAACAACUUUUUAAGUGGGAGAAUAAGUAAAUGCAUUAUUAUUCACAGUUUAAUAAGAGAAAGAGAGGAAGGUGGGCUUUUGGUUCCUUC